AUGGAGCAAAACAAAGAUAUUACGAACACUCGACAGCCUAUAACGAAGAACUACGAUCCGAAGUCCCAGAACGUUGCCAAUUACAAUGUAAGUCCAGGAAAUUACCCAGAAACCAACCACAAUCUCUUUCAAAUGAUAAAAUGUCAUGAAGACAGUCUUUUACGGCUGCACCAUUUAACAGCAGGUCGUCAGAUCAACAGUAAUUACGACACAAGUUACCAGAAUGAUAUUAGUUGGUACCCAAAAGACCUCCAAAGACCCUACAUCAAACCUGUAGACUACCUUGCAUACGAAGACAUGAGAAGAAAGUACGAAGACAAGGGUGGGAAAGAGAGAGAGAAUCAAAAAGAGUCUGAGGAAGAAAGAGACGUAAAGUCUGAUGAUCGCAAAAAGCCUAGAAGGAAUAGAACCACGUUCACAAGUCAGCAGCUCGCUGCUCUUGAGAAGGUGUUUGAAAAGACUCAUUAUCCAGAUGCGUUUGUUAGAGAAGAUCUCGCUGCGAGGGUCAACCUGACUGAAGCCAGAGUACAGGUAUGGUUCCAAAACCGUCGAGCGAAAUUCAGAAGAAAUGAGCGAUCGGCUUUGUCAACUCACAGAAGUUCAACAAGCCAAAAUUCACCGGAGCCAAUUGCUGUGCCCAUCGGGAUACCCCACCAAGAUCCGAGACAAGACUAUGCGCGCAACUCUAAAGAACCUUGGCUCCAUCAUUUUCAAGCAAACAAUCUUAACUUAAACCUUGGACUUCCUAUUACCAAUACAGGACUAUAUCAAAAUGAUUAUUCUCUCAUGAUGCAGAAUUCGUGA